GCGGUAACGUGUCUGCGCCAAACUGCAGGAAAAAAAAAUAACUUAGGCAAAAAUGGCGGAGGGUGCAACGUCUCUGAAAGGGUUGCGGGCGCAAAUUGCUGCGGCUGCACAGGCGCAGGCAGAGGAACGGCGCAGCCAGGCAGGGAACACCCCAACACCUGCAGCUCCAGCCAGCACAACAAAGAGCCAGACCAGGCCAGUCAUUGAUGGAGCAGCCCUUAAGAUAGACGACAAACUCCGAGUGGCCAAAGAAAGAAGAGAAGAGCAGGAAAAGCAACAAGCGGUGCGCGAGUCCCAACUCUUGGAGCGAGAGCGCAAGGCACAGCUGCAGGUGGAGCGACAGAUGGAGGAGAGACAGAAGAAGCUGGAAGAGCAGCGCAGGAAGGAGGAACAGCGGAGAGUGGCAGUGGAGGAAAAGAGGAAACAGAAAUUAGAGGAAGAAAAGGAGCACUAUGAGGCAGUGAUGAGACGCACCCUGGAGCGUAGCCAGCGAGUAGAGCAGAGACAGAAGAGAUGGUCCUGGGGUGGACUCCCAGAUUCUGACAAUAAAAACGGACAGAGUGACAGCGGCUCCACCUCUUCCCCGAUUUCUAUAGUUGUCUCCCCUGCCUCUCCAGUCUCCAAGCCGCCCAGGAUUCAGACGUCACAAGACAAGCGUUCUUCCUCUACUGUGAACCUGAAGCAGACUGACUCAGUAAUCAGCAAGCGUCUCUCAUCCUCAUCCACCCUCCUUAAUUCUCCCGUUAAAAGUGCAAAGCAGAGAAGUUCAUCUUUGAACCGGUUGCCUAGCAAUGCCCCUCAGGCCUCUAAAGAAGCGCAUAAGCAGCCUCAGGUGGAAACGACAGGCCCAAAACUGAAGAAGCGAAGCUCCUCCCUCUCGCGAGUGGGGGCUAAAACCCAGCUCGCCACCAAACCAGAGAAACCCACAUCAGAAGAAUCAGCUCGCCGCUCCUUGGCUGCCCCCGUGGACAGCGGUGUCCUCAGUCGUCUGCUUACACCCACCCAGGCUUCACUAGCUAGGAGCAAGAGUACCGCGGCCCUGUCCGGCGAUGGAGCCGACGCCCAAGAGUCUCACCUGUGUCCUCGUUCAGCAUCCGCCAGCCCGCUGCAACCCCCAGCCCGCGGACCCCUACGGAGUCGAAGCAGCGAUCGAAAGAAAGUCCCAUCUACUUCUGUAUCUGCGGAUUCCAUUGCCAGUAUGGCCCAGCAAAAAGGUGAGAAGGAGAAACGUUUCACGUCACCACUUGGAAAACGCCCUGCCUCUCCCUCUAGUCGUCAUCGAUCGCCCUCUCCUGCCCCCACUGCUAACACCACCACAAGAACGCCCUCACCUGGAGCAGCCAAGCAGAGUCCACGCUUACGCCCGCCUUCACCCAGCGGCUUGAAACAGAGGCCUCCAUCCCCUCAGUCCUCUGCCACAUCCAAACCUCCUCCCAUCCAGAAACCUGCUCUCACCCCCACCGGCCCCCCCACCCUCCGCAAGAGGGACUCCAAGCCAAAGGACUUGUCUCCCAUGGUGCCUGUCACCCCACAGUCUCCUGACACCAGCACACCCAGCCCAGUACCCGCACCUAAGACCAAAGAGGAUCCCAGUUCCAAAGUCAUUGCAGGAACCAACUCGGCUGCAGAGGCUUCUAAGAUCCUAGCAGAGAACCGACGUCUGGCACGUGAACAGAAAGAGAAAGAAGAACAGCUCCGCAUACAGAAAGAGGAGGAGGAGAGGCUGAGGAAAGAGGAGGAGAAGCGUCUGGCAGAGGAGGAGCAUUUGAGGCAAGCAGAGGAGGAGAAGAGACUUGCGGAGGAGAAGAAGAGAGAAGAGGAGGAGCAGGCUCGUAAAGCAGAAGAGGAGAGACAGCAAGCAGAACUGGAGGAGCAGCAAAGACAGGUUGAGCUUCAGAAAGAGCGUGAGGAGGCUGAGGUGAAGGCCCAAGAGGAGGCAGAGAAGCAGCGUCAGGAGAGAAUACGCAUUUUGGAACAGAACCAACAGGAGCGCAUGGAGAGAAAGCGGAGAAUUGAAGAAAUUAUGAAGAGAACCAGAAAAACAGACCAAAUGGAUUUUAGGGGUAAUGAUGAGAAAGGCAUUCCUGAUGAAAAUGAAGAGGAGGCUGAGGACCAAAUAGACUGUGAAUAUAAGGUGAACCAGGCUGUCAAGUCUGACCAAAGUGCCAAGGAAGCAGAGCCGUCAGACUCCAAGGAGCAUCACCUGUCUGUCGAGGAGCCAGUGACUGAGCAUGAGGAGCCAGAUGGUAGUGUGAAUGGAGAAACAGAUGUGGAUGAUAAGGAGAACAUCAAUGGACCCAGCACAGAGGAUCCCUCAGUAGAUAGCCCGCCUCCCAAGUCCUGUUUGAUGGAGGGCUCCGAGUUUGUGAAUGAAGACUCUAAGGUGGGCCUAGUUCCAGGACUAAAUGGUAAAGGUGGAACCUGGAGCUUUGAGGAGCUGAUUGAUCUAGGUGUUCAUGCAAAAGGAAAACCCCUGAGUGAUGAUGGGGGCCCCGAGGGGCCCAGAGUGGCCUUUGAAGAGAAAACCAGCUCCCUCCAUCCAGCCCAGCCUAUUGAAGCUCUGUCUGAAAUGUGAAUGGGCAGGUCUGUUUAGGGCCUGCUGGUUACUGCACUCCAUGAGUCUCAUCCAGCUGAACCUCAGAGUGUCAGCGCUCAUACUCAACUGGACAGCCAGAGGAACCCUCAGAAAGCGCCCAGUGCCGCACAGCUUCUGCACUUCAGAGAUGGAUUAAGCAAGAGAAAAUAGAUAAAGAUAUGCUUCAGGGAAACAUUAGAUUACUUCAGUGUGCUUGUAUCUUUGUUUAGCAGUUCUACACCUAUUUUGUGUUUCGUCAGGAUUUGUUAAAUCUAUCUCCUUGUUGUUGUUUUGUUUUUUAAAAGGGGGGACAACUUUGUAAUUUAUUCAAAUGGCUGUUGUCUCCUGAUGGUUAUUUUUUUAAAUGACCAUAUGCACCUUUUUGCAAAAUUCCAGUCCAUUUCUUCAUGUUCGUUGUUACAUUGAGUUUUGUAGAAUGAUCCGGUUAGUUAUUGAGUCAAAUUUGAUGUUAGGUCACUGAGAAUGGAAAGAAGAAACCGCUCGCAUAUUUUUGGCUGACAUAGAGGUUCCACUCACAGACAUGCUAAUUAAAACCCCGUGUCUGAGCUGCAAAAGGAGCUCAGGAAUGUAACUCGAUUUGGAAUCUGUCUUAGAAAUACGAGGUUUGAUGGGGUGCUGGUGCGGCAGCUGAGUUGUGAUGAGUUUGUGCUUUUAAUUUGACCUCAGGAUAUUUUCCACUAAACUUCUAUUUCUUUCAGCUCCAAACUUAUAAACACCAAUAUAGUGUUUAACGCUAUAUCCUCACCAUGGCUGGGCAACAACUCUAGCUCCAAUCUGAGUAGACCGUUGAGAAGCAUUCCUACUGUAUAACACUUGUAGAUAGCAUAUACUGGUCGAGAAAUUUCAUUAAAAACAGAUUGAAUAUACUCUUAAUGUAAACAUUUCCAUACAGCCUUGGGCUCUGAGAUUGAAAGAUGUAGAACCCCAAAUGCAGACUCGCAUGAUAACACUCGUUGCUUUGUUGGGUUUUUAUGUUGUGUUUCUGUUGUGUAGUAAAUACCUAAUUGUUGAUAUCCUGUACAUAAGUAAAACUAGUUAUCAAAUUCUAAUUCAAGUGCACCUUCAAAGUAAAAUAAGUUCAGAUGUCUGUAUGAAUCUGUGCUCUACUAAUUUGCAUAAUAUAACACAGAAUUACUGUAACCUCUUGCACACUUGACAAGGAUUCUGCAUGUUUCUGGUGCAUGUUCCCCAGGGGUUUGAACAAAUCGGUUCUGUGCUAGUAGAAAAACUUGAAUGAUUUAAUGUGUUCUCAAAUGCCCAAAGUUCCCUCAGGGCCAUAUCAGGUCCUAAUGUGAAUGUAUGCACAGUUCCUGUUUGUUUUUACCAUCUGAGGUCUAAAUUCAACCAGACUCUUUUAUAUUCUAUUGCCCUAUGAAACAAAUCCUUUUUUAUAUAUAUGUUAAAUUUGGGUCUCUUUGAAUAUGCAUAAAUAUAUAUUUAAAACUCUAUCACAUAUCUAGGUAUUAUGGAAAUAAUCAGUAUUAGGCUACAGGGUCAUUUCUUGUGGUUGGGAAUAAGAAGUAGGUUUGGAUCAUCCUGUCUUAUACUGUACUUUAUAGUGUGGUCUUGGGAAUUCUAGCUUUGUACCACAAGAUGAAAUGCUGUUACUAUACUCAUUGGCCAGAUUACUACACAACAGAUUACAGCACCAGAUUGUGUUUGUCUUUGUGAACAGAAUGUGAAGUGAGCAGCGCAGAGGUGUGGACUGAGGGUGCAAGCAAAGUCUAGGGGAGUUUUUUAUUAUGAAGCAUGUCGCCUGGUUGUGGUUGGAAACUUGAGAAUUGUAAUUUAUAUUUACGGUUAAUGGUUUUCAGAGAAGGUUCAAGUGAUUUAUUGAUAUGUGCUGUGUUCUCCGCACUAGACUGUUGAUGUGUGGCCAUUUAAAGUUGAGCAAUGUCCAGACGGUUGUAAGAAAUGAUUGGUCUCCAUAUGCUUAAGGAUUCCAGUGGUAAAGGCUUUGUGUACUGUAGUUGAUGUUUAAGUGUUUCCUUUCACCUGUUGUUUUAGCAGUCAAAGGCCACAGAGCUUUAAAAAAUGUUAGGUUGAAUAUGUUCUAUUUAGUAUCAUUCUGUCUGUGUAAGAAUAGAUCCCUCACUGUUUAUUUAAAAGUUUUUUUGAUAUGUUUUAUAUGCAUCAGCUUCCUGUGAUUUUUAUCUAUGUUGUAUAACACUUGCCAGAUUCGUUUCGACUCAGGCUCUUAGACUCCAGUGGAAAAGUGUUUGUGGAGGUUAGAAGUGACCAGUGCUUGGCAUGAGAUGAGAUUUGUGUACAUAUUUUGAUUUGGUAAUGGGUUUGAAAUCUCUGUUUUGGCCUUUAAUAUGUACUCCUAACACUUCGCUUAGAAACUUGAAAUUUACAGAAUUGCUUCACGUUGUGGUGUGGCUGCUACAGAUCCGAUCAAUGAGACUUGUGUUAGUUGCAUUUCCUUUUGUAAUACACUAGCAUAGCCACUUUCAGACAAGCUCACUCCACUGCAGAUGUUGUUUCCACUAACAGGACCUGAGAGCGCUUUGUGCUUUGUGCUGUUCUUUAAUCUCUAAGUACUCAAUACAGGGGUAGAAUAGGACGGUGCCUUAGAUGCAGAAUGGGCUGUAUUUUAUUUUUAUAUAUUAAUACCUUAACGUGUCGCUUGAGCUUACCUCGGCCAUGACAAUCACUCUAUUCGACCAGGGACAUGAAUAGAAUCUGCUUUUAUUAAGAGCAGUUUCUUGUCUUGAAAUAGCCCUGACCACAAAUUAUAUUUGUAAAUAUAUCUAAAGUGUACUGGUAAAAUAUAAAUGGUUAAAAUAAAGUUUUGGAAGAUAAAUGAAAAUGUGUAUUUGGGUUUUAUUUCAUUUAUUGCUAUAUCUGCUCAAUAAAUGCUUGCAUUUUUUCAUUAUAAUUUCCUAAUAAAAAAUCACUGCUCACUUUAUUAGGAACACCUGUACACCUAUUUAUUCAUGCAAUUAUCUAAUAAGCCAAUCGUGUGGCAGCAGUGCAAUGCAUAAAAUCAUGGAUAUAUGGGUUAGGAGCUUCAGUUAAUGUUCACAUCAAUCAUCAGAUUGGGGGGGAAAUGUGAUCUCAGUGAUUUGGACCGUGGCAUGAUUGUUGGUGCCAGAUGGGCAGGUUUGAGUAUUUCUGUAACUGCUGAUCUCCUGGGAUUUUCACACACGACAGUCUCUAGAGUUUACUCAGAAUGGUGCCAAAACAAAAACAUCCAGUGAGCGGCAGUUCUGCAGAUGGAAACGCCUUGUUGAUGAGAGAGGUCAACAGAGAAUUGCCAUACUGGUUUGAACUGACAGAAAGGCUACCGUACCUCAGAUAACCGCUCUGUACAAUUGUAGUGAGUAGAAUAGCAUCUCAGAAUGCACAACAUGUCGGAGGCGGAUGGGCUACAACAGCAGAAGACCACGUCAGGGAACUUUAUAAGGACCAUAGUAUUCCUAAUAAAGUGAUCAGUGAUUGUAUAUGUAUACACCGAUCAGCCACAACAUUAAAACCGCCUGCCUAAUAUUGUGUAGGUCCCCCGAACUACCUUCACAAUAUUAGGCAGGUGGUUUUAAUGUUGUGGCUGAUCAGUGUAUAUUUCAAAGAAAUUAAACCGACACAAAUUAAUUCAAAAUCAAACAUUUUUACACAAAGCAACAUCAAACCAUUUUAUUUGUAUUGUAACAAGUUUCAACACAGCAUCCAUUAAUGUAUGUUGUAUUCCCUUUCUGACAUUACACAGUUUAAAAUUAAAGCAAAGCUUAAGAAGUUUAAAAUAUUUUAGGUUUGUGAAUCCAGUUAAUGUGUUUAUGGUUGCAGUUAACUCUUAUAUUUUGCAUUAGAAAAACCCUUCAAAUAGCACUUACUAUCUGCUCAAAGAAUGUUAAAAUGAAUCUCAAACUUUCAGUGAUUUAUCAAGAUAAACAUCACUGGUUUUCUUUUCUUAAAGCUGCACUACAUGUGUUUUUUGUCCUUUUUUUUAAUUUUUUUUUUU